GUAUUGCGUGACAUCUUGUGUUCCGUGACAAGGAAAGGAUCAUGUCCUCUUUGCAAGACAACAUGUAUGAACAGUAAACAUAUAUAUUUUUACGUCGCUACAAAUGCUGCAAAACCUUUGCAAAAGAUGACAAGUCACAUACCCAUCGUUGAUUUUAGUGCAUUUAGCAUUGACAAACAACCAAGACCGGACGUCAAUAGCGCUGAAGUACAGCAGUUGGCCAAAGAGAUAUAUUCUGCGUUUAGUACAGUGGGUUUUGUGUAYCUCAAAAACCAUGGCAUCACCUUGGAUAAGGUGGAUCAAGUAUUAUCAAAGACUGACUCCUUCUUUGGUCUUAGUAAAGACAUCAAGUCACGUUAUCGUAUUAAUCUGAAAGGUGACUCGCCUUAUGGAUGGGAUGAGCUGGAGAGACAAACUGUUAACCCAGAGCGACCUCCAGAUCUCAAGGAGUCUUUUGACAUUGUGUCUGCAGCUCUGGAAAAUAAAUCACUGAUUUGGCCAGAUGAUGUGCUGCCCAACUUCAAGCAUACCAUCGUUGAAUUUCAAAUGACCUGUCAGACUCUAGGGAUGAGAGUACUUGAAAUCUUAGCCAUUGGAUUAAAUCAGGAACCUGAUGUUUUUACAAGAACUUAUAAAUUGAUGGGAAAGCCAGGAGGGGGAACACUGCUCCGUUUUAACUAUUACCCCAGAAUAUCUAAUAAUAUCCAAGUUAAACCUAAUCAAAUACGCUUUGGAGAGCAUACUGACUACGGAGCAAUUACUCUCCUUUUUCAAGACGACGCUGGCGGACUUGAGGUGGGUACAGUAGACGGCAAAUAUGUACCAGUCACGCCCAUCCCUGGUACAAUACUGGUUAUUACUGGCGACUUGUUGCAAAGAUGGACAACAGACAAACUGAAGGCAGCUCCUCACCGUGUUGUGAUUCCUGAGGAUGAAAUCAAAAAGAGGAAUGCACGUCGUUCUAUUAUUUUCUUCUGCAAUCCUGACUUUGCAUCAACCAUUACUUGUUUGGAUGGAUCGGACAAGUACCCGCCGGUUAACUGUGGAAAUUACCUUCAGGAAUUGAACAAGAAGACUUAUAAUGAACUGUAGGAAUAGCAUUGUAAUACGCUGUUUCUCGACAAACAACAGCAAAUGUUAGGGACUGCGCAAUAUUUAUCAGGAGGGGGGUAGGGGUUGAGAAUCUAGAGUGGGGGUACAACAUCUAAUUCUAUGUGCUUAAAGAGGAGAGUCACGUCUAAAAUUAACUAGAACUUUAAUUGGAAACUGAAAAAUGAACGUGUCAGAUUCGAAAACUUCUCAAGAAAAGUGCGUGCCACGAU